AUGGAGCACCAAUUAGAAGAUGAUAACAAUCCACUACAAAUUCCACCACCAGCUGAUGUAGAGGAGCAGUUUGAUGAAGUGGUACCAAGACCAGCAAAUAGAAUCCUAAGGGAUUAUGCUAGACCUGAUCGCUUUAACUGUGAAUCUAGUGUCAGGAAACCUCUAGUAGCAGCCAAUAACUUUGAAAUCAGGACAGGCCUGAUUCAAACAAUUCAACAAUCUUGUAUUUUCACAGUUUAUCAAGCUUGGGAAAGAUUGAAAACAAUGUUAAGGAAAUGUCCACAUCAUGACAUUCCUGAACAUAUGCAGUUGUACAUUUUUUAUCAUGGUUUAAAACCAUCUUCUAGAAAUGUAAUAGAUGCAGUUGCAGGAGGUUCCAUAAUGGGAAAAACCACAAAAGAAGCAUUGCAAUUGCUUAAUGAAAUUUCUAAAAAUGUAAAUACACAACAACCAAGCCAGUGUGAGGCUUGUGACUUGUGUGGAGGAAACCAUCUAAACCACGAAUGUCAAACAACCAAUCAAAAUGAUGAACAGGUUAAUGUCAUCGGAUACAAGCUGUAUCCUUUUGGAAGUCCAUUAGCACAAAAACAUCCAGGAUUUCAAUGGAGCAAUGCAAAUGGUGCUGAAAACUCUCAAAACUACCAAAAGCAACAGGUACAGAGUCCACUCGGAUAUCAAAAUCAAAAUCGUGGACAACAAAAUUUCAGGCCUUAUCAGCAGGCAACUCCAUAUCAGCAAAGGCCUCAACAAGGCCAUCCAAGUCCUGAUGACCUUUUGUACAAGUACAUUAAGGUUACUGAUGAAAAGAUGAAAAGCCAAAAUUCAGCUUUAAAAAAUCUUGAAAUUCAGUUAAGCCAAUUGGCAACUCUUGUGUCUGAAAAGAUUCAAGGUCCUUUACCAAACAAUACAGAAAAAAAUCCAAAAGAACACCUUAAGGCCAUUGUCUUACGGUCAGGUACGACUCUUGAUGAACCCUAUGCAAAUAAACAGGAAAAGAAUCAAUUGGAACAACAGGUAGGAAAGGGUGAGAAUGUUGAGACAUUCUCUCAACCAUCAGAAGAGAAAGAAUCCAAGAAAAAAGAAGAAAAAAAUACUAAAAAUUUGACUUCUUUCCCUGUUACAAUUCCUUUCCCACAAAAGAUGAAAAGAGAAAAACUUGAUAAUCAAUUUGCAAAGUUUUUGGAGAUUUAA